AUGACUACAUUGGAGACGCCUGCUGCGACCACUUCUCAAACGCCGUCGCCGGCUGAUCUUCGGCGCGUGCCUCUUCAUCUCGCCGCCGAUAUUUGGUACAUCGCUUGCCGGAGGCGUCGGAGGUGGACGGGCACGUGCGACGGGGUCUACAACGAGGAUUCGGGGGACGGCGUCAGGGUUAAGGCAGGGUUGAGAUACCACCUUCGUAAGUCCGAGCCGUCGCGCCGCCAAGUGCUGCCGCUCACGCGUGGAUCUUGGUCGUCGUCACAGAUUUUGAAGGGUUCAAUUUGGAAUGAAAUUGGGCGAGGUGAUUGUGGAGUAUAUGUUGCUGCUUAUGCGGAGUACUUUGUUUCGGAUGAGAUCAUUGAUGUUGAGACGUUUGACAUUGAUAUUGAGAGGCUUAGGUUCUCCUACUUGCUGUACAAUCAUGGAAGGAUCAAACAGCAAAAACAGGCAAAAACAGCCUGA